CAAAAAUUCUUGCUUAUUACAACCAAACCCGAACAAAGUCCAGAACUUGAAGCAACAGCGAGCGAAGAAAAAAGCAAUUCCUUUCCAACACGCCUCUAAUUCCCCUAAAUUUCUGGAUUUCACUACUUACUAAUCAAUCAUACCACCAUUUCCUUUACUUUCUGCCCUUUUCCCUUUUUCCUUUUUCCUUUUGUUUCGUAGAAGCCUCUACUUUCCCCCUAACAAAUUCCUCUGUUUUCUGAGAUCAAACCCCCCAAAUUUCUGGAACUAAUUCGUAAAGGAAACGACGAAUCCAUUGAGAGAAGGAAAAGAUGAGGGUUUUAACCACUAAUUCUUCUGUUCUUCUUGUUCCUUCAAACCCUUAUCAGAAUUCUUUUCUCUUCCCCUGUAAACGAAAAUCCAAGAAGAAGAACCAUGCCAUAGUCCCUGUGGCGAGGCUGUUUGGGCCAGCCAUAUUUGAAGCUUCGAAGCUGAAGGUUCUGUUUUUAGGAGUGGAUGAGAAGAAACAUCCAGGCAAAUUUCCAAGGACUUAUACGCUUACACAUAGCGAUAUAACUUCUAAACUCACUCUUGCCAUUUCUCAAUCCAUUAACAACUCUCAGUUACAAGGAUGGUAUAAUUGGCUGCAAAGGGAUGAAGUGGUGGGAGAAUGGAAGAAAGUAAAGGGAAAAAUGUCACUCCAUGUUCAUUGCCACAUUAGUGGAGGCCAUUUUCUUUUAGAUCUUUGUGCUAAUCUCAGAUACUUCAUUUUUCGUAAAGAACUUCCUGUGGUGCUGAAUGCUUUUGUCCAUGGAGAUGUGGACUUGUUCAACAAUUACCCAGAAUUACAGGAUGCUUUGGUUUGGGUUUAUUUCCACUCCAAAAUUCCAGAAUUCAACAAAGUGGAAUGUUGGGGCCCAUUAAAGGAUCCAGCCCCACCUUCAAGUGGGCUCGAUGGGCCCAAGUCAGAUGAGCCAACUCAAAGUCAGCCCAUGUGGGAUUUGGGCCCGCUGGAGCGGCCCAAACCUUGCCAAGAAGACUGCACUUGUUGCUUCCCAACUAUCCCGUCCAUUUCAUGGUCCCCCAAAAAUGAGUUGGAGAGCACCUGAUUGAUUGAUUUGAUUGGCAGGACUUAAAUGUAAAUAGCAAUUAUUAUUAUUAUUAUUAUUAUUCUUAUAUAAUUUAACUUUCAUUCCCGAACUUUGAGGUCUGUGUUAAUUUCGUCUUGGAUUGAUUUAAGAUUUCAAUCUAUUCGUUAUAUUUUAAUUUGGUA